AUGCGUUUCGCGGCCUUUUCCACGGUGCUCAUUGCCCUCGCACAAAACGCGUGCGCCUUGCCGGUUGAGGCUGACAAGGCACCUGGGCUCGAUGUUACCCUGAGCCAGGUGAGCGACACGCGGAUCAAAGCCGUGGUCAAGAACAACGGCCGCAAGGACGUCACAUUUGUGCACCUCAAUUUCUUCCGGGAUGCCGCUCCCGUCAAGAAGGUCGCCGUUUACAAAGAUGAGGAGGAGGUGACGUUCGAUGGUAUCAAGCGUCGCUUCAAGAUGCAGGACCUUACCUCGGAAUCCCUUACGUCGCUGGCCGUCGGGGAGACCUUGGAGGAUGAGUUCGACAUUGCCUCGACGAGCGACCUGUCCAGCGGGGGUCCAGUGAUCCUUCGCUCCAACGGUCUGGUGCCCCUGGUCAAUGGCAGCGCUGUAUCCGGAUACUUGCCGUUCCGCUCCAAUGAGCUCAAGAUCGAAGUGGAUGGGAUCAAGGCAUCCCAGGUCACCAAGGCUAUCAAGCCCCUGAGUCGCCGGACGAACGAGGCUUGCAGUAAUUCGAGCCGCAAAUCGGCUCUGGAGAAGGCCCUGAAGAACACGGUAUCGCUGGCAAAUGCCGCGGCGGAGGCGGCCCUUUCCGGCUCGUCCUCAAAGUUCAGCGAGUACUUCAAAACCACGUCGAGCUCGACCCGUCAGACGGUGGCCGCUCGAUUGAAGGCCGUGGCAAAAGAAGCUGGCUCGACUGGCUCCGGGUCAACCAGCUACUAUUGCACUGACACGUACGGGUACUGCGAGUCAAACGUCCUUGCGUACACGCUGCCGGCGCAGAACAUCAUUGCAAACUGUGACAUCUACUACUCCUACUUGCCCGCUCUGGCGAGCUCCUGCCACGACCAGGACCAGGCCACCACGACCCUGCAUGAAUUCACUCACGCUCCGGGCGUGUACAGCCCUGGAACCGAUGACUUGGGAUACGGCUACUCGGCUGCCACGGCCCUCAGCAGUAGCCAGGCUGUGUUGAACGCGGACUCGUACGCUCUGUAUGCUAACGCGAUCAACCUUGGCUGCUGA